GGUUAGGGUUACUACACGAGUUGACACGAGUUGACACGAGUGUCGCAGAGUUAUUACAGGUUAUUCACUCGUAAGAGAAUGUUUCGAAGGAUUGUCAGCAAAUUGCGAGCGUGCCCACCGUUGAGAUAUUCCACGAGCAUAGAGAAUCGAGUUGUCCCGACAAUAUCCAAGGUACAGUACGAUGACGAGAGCACAUUCUAUCAGAAGCCUCGGCAGGUGUGGCUGGAGAAUUUAAAUACUGUAGAGGAAAAGAAAUUGGGCCUGGUCACCUUACAUCCGCACAUCUAUGCGGCUGCACCCCGUAUCGAUAUCAUUCACCAGAAUGUCAGAUGGCAAAAGAUGUACCGCUGGGUUUCUUACGCGCAUACAAAAACGCGCGCCGAAGUUCGAGGUGGUGGCAGGAAGCCUUGGCCGCAGAAAGGAUUGGGUCGCGCUCGCCAUGGAAGUAUACGUUCACCAUUGUGGAGAGGUGGUGGAAUAGCGCACGGUCCUCGCUCACCAACACCGCACUUUUACAUGUUGCCAUUUUACACCCGUCUAAUAGGCCUCACGGCAACAUUAUCCGUCAAACUAGCGCAAGACGACCUGCAUAUAGUCGAUGGAUUAGACAUUCCUACGUCUGAACCUUCCUACAUAGAAGAGCUAAUCCAGGAGAGAAAUUGGGGACCGUCCGUUCUUUUUGUAGACAGCUAUGAUAUUAUGCCUGCAAAUAUUACACAAGCUACCGAUCUAAUUAAACAUGUCAAUCUAAUGCCCGUUUAUGGCUUGAACGUGUAUAGCAUGCUGAAACACGAUACCCUGGUACUCACGGAAACAGCAGCCAGAGUGAUGGAAGAAAAAUUGCUUUAUCAUUUACAUAGGGCAGACAGCGUUAAAUUGUGUCGUCAAUUUAAAGUUAAUCAACAAUGAUUGCAUCGCUUGUAUUUCUAUGUACAUUUCUUUAAUAUCAGAAUCAUUUAAAAAAUAUUCAAGUAAAA